AUUACAGCUCGUUGGAAGAGCUCUUGCAAACGAAUGAUCCUCUCCGCGGGUUGAAUCUCAACGGUUGAGGUCCUACUUCACCUCGCAGUGUAUGGAGCCUGCAAGAGACCUGGACCCCUACGGCGUCAUCAUCUUCUCGGGGGACGUCCCAGGUGUGAGGGAUGACUUCGCGGAGAGGGUCUCCCGCCUCCUUGCUACGUCGUCCUCCGAAGAGGACGCACGCAAGGCGGCCGCUCAAGAGAUAUACAAGUGCUCUUGGGGCCCGACCCGCGUGCCCGUCUACGAUCUCAUCCUCCUCGCGAGGCUCAUCUUGGGGGACUCGCAGCCGCACCUUUUGGACGUCGCGCGCUUCCUCAUUUCCGAGGCGAAGGUGCCCGUUGACGGCGUCGACCUGUCGGGUUCGCAAGCCAUCUACCACUGCGUUACAACCAAGCCCGCGUUCGAUCCCGAAUUCGCGCAGAUUUUGUAUGACGCGGGUGGGGACGUGAACGCACGGAACCGCUACGGGGGCACGCCCGCGCACGAGAUCGUGCUCGUGUACGACCUGGUCGACCGGCAGAAGAUGCAGCGCUCCGCGGACGCGCUCAAGUGGGUCCUUGACCACGGUGGCAACCUCGACGUCAAGGACAACGACGGCAGCACAGCGCGUGGCUGCAUCGACACUAUGCGCAGCAAACUUUCGAGCGCACGGAGGAACCUCCGCCUGCCGAUGUGGGACGUGUUGGAUCGCGAGGACCGGCGGAGAGUACGGCUGGCGGACAGUAUAUGCGGGUUCUGUGGGCGGGACGACGUGAAGCUGUUGAAAUGUUCGCAGUGCAUGAAGGUCCGGUAUUGUGCACCGCCGAGGGGCUGUCAGAAGAUGGACUGGCCGAAGCACAAGGUGCCGUGCAAGGCUGCCUCCAGUACUCAACCUCAACCUGCGGCGCAGGCCACCUACCUCGGGAUGCCACUCUCAUAGCUCGGUGGUCCUGGUCUCGUGUGUAUGACAGCAUACUACUUGUCUACAGUUGUAACCCCAUACAUGCGAUGAAAGCUGACAAUAUGCGCAGCUCAUAUGUCAUACAUGCAACCGGGUUGUAAGAGGGCCUACAGUACUAGUGAUAAUAGGUCGACUCACAAUUUACAUGUAGUACAUACAUGCUCGCCAGUACUUGGCUAUACUGUCGAGACACUAUGAUCAUGGACGUUGUUGCGUAGACUGCAUCGUGACUAUUCGAUUGAGCUGUCACUGGCAGAUGAGAACACUCGAGCAGUCGAGUACUCAGUCCUCCGGCCAGGAUGUUUGUCGAUCGUCCGUGUUUGCAUCCACAGUCGCGCCAGCG